AUGGAAUUCAAGGCAGCUAUAAACUCGAUGCAAAUGUCAGGUAACUUGUAUGAAAAUUGGAGAUUCUUCAUACAAAGAUUCAAAAACUACUUACAAGCUACAGAAUUAACAAAGAAACCUGAAAUAACCCAGUGUGCACAGCUAUUACAGUUAAUAGGGGACGAAGGGUUCAAAAUAUAUAACACGUUCAAGUUCUCAACAGAAGAAAAAGACAAGUUAGAACUGUUAAUAAAAAAAUUUGAAGCACAUUUCAAGCCAAAAAGUAACGUGUCAAAUGCAAGGUAUUGCCUGUUCACCAGAAAACAAGAAGAAGGUGAGUCAGUAGACAAAUUUAUAACAGAUAUUAUAAACAAGGCAAAAAAUUGUGAGCUAGAGAAUUUGGAAGACAGUCUGAUUAAGCCUUGCAUAACUUGUGGGGUAGCAGAUAAAACGAUGAGACAGAGACUAUUAGAAGAAGAUGAGAUGAGCUUGGAAAAAGCAAUAAAUCUGUGUAAAAGUAUAGAAAGUUCGAAAAUCCAGUCUGAAAAAAUGAAGUCAGAGGAGGUGCACUACAUAAAGAAAAGAAACUUCAAUAAGAAAUAUGAAAAUAGAGAACAGUGGGAAGACAGAAGAGUGAAUCCAACUCAUUCGAAGUCCCAAGACGGCCAGUUCAAUGGUAAAUCUGGAAGCAGUUCAGGGUGCAGUAGGUGCGGAAUGGAGCACAGAGGCCAACCAUGCAAAGCAUAUAAAGCUAAGUGCUUGGUAAAUACUAAAAAUAGCAGUUUUGAUGAUGAUUUCAUGAUAAAUUUUGAAGUUAACAAGAGUAAAUUAAGCUGUAGAUUAGAUACAGGGGCAAUGGCAAACUGUGGAAGGAAGCAUGAGAAAGGAGAUUGUCCAGCGUCUAGGUGGAAGUGUUACGGGUGUUCUAAGGUGGGACAUGUUAAGAGAUUAUGUCCAAACAAGAAAAAUUCAUCUACCAUAGGGGUUGUAGAAGAAAGUGAAAGUGACAGCGUGUUUCAGUGUAACGAACUCAAUGAAGAUUUGUGGAAGUUGAAUAUGUUAAAAGAUGAAGCUUCAGCGGCGCCACACAAAUUAAAACUAUUAUUAAAUGGUGAGUUAUAUAUUGAUUUUGAGGUUGAUACUGGAGCUUGCAAUGACAUGGUUCCUAUAGCUAAAACUCCAAAUUCGGAUGAACAAGACAAAGGAAAUUUGAUACAGGUAAAAUCUCCAUCCAUCCAAACAGAGGCACACCCUAGUAGUAGCCUGUCACAAGCAGUUAGUGGUGACUGCGCAGUAAAUUCACCUGGAACUGAAACGUCCCUGAGACGUAGUUCCAGGAUAGGCAAAAAACGUGUUAGAUUAGACCUUUAG